AUGAGAACCAUUGAGGAAACUAGAAAGAGAUGGGAAAUCCUCUUCCUCGGCAAUGAUACAUCCUCCGAUCUCCAAAAGGCGCUCCGGGCCGCACAAGGUGGAAAGCUGUGCAACGACGGGCUAAGGUCGAUUUGCUGGAAGGUAUUUCUGCUCUUCGAGGGUCUAGAACGCGAGGAAUGGUUACAGAAGCUCGACGAGUCUCGAGAGGCAUACAAAGCUCUCCGUGAUCAUUUUCUGAAGUAUAUUGAACAUCCAGAUGACUUGGAGUCAAGUGUCGAUCCGCUGGCGGACGAUGAGCAGUCUCCAUGGCAAACCCUGCGAAAUGACGAGAAUUUACGAGCCGAGAUAUCGCAGGACGUUGAUCGAUGCUUACAAGAAAACGUCUUCUUCCAAGAGCCGGCGACGAAAGCUAAAUUAACCGACGUCUUGUUUGUAUACUCUAAACUUAACCCUGAUGUCGGGUAUAGACAGGGGAUGCACGAAUUGUUAGCACCCUUGCUUUGGGUGGUGGAUCAGGAUUCAGUUGCAAAGCCAGAAGAAAGCUUAAAAACCCCAGCUGGUGAUAAUGACGACACUCUGAUGUUAAAUAUCCUCGACCCGGAGUUUGUGGAGCAUGAUUCAUUUACAUUGUUUCUUUCCGUUAUGCAGACGGCACGCGUAUAUUACGAGCACGGUGAAACUAAAACUGCGGAUGGCCAAGUCGACGUGAUCCCGAUUGUCAGUCGGUGCCAGUAUCUCCAUACCGAGGCUUUGAUGAUCAUCGAUCAUGAACUGGCAGAGCACUUACAAGCAGUGGAUGUUCUGCCACAGAUAUUUCUGACUCGAUGGAUGCGACUUCUCUUUGGAAGAGAAUUUCCGUUUGACGAAGUCUUAAUGAUGUGGGAUCUGCUAUUUGCGCAUGGGCUACGGUCUGAUCUUGUCGACUUUACAUGCAUCGCAAUGUUACUUCGGAUUCGCUGGGAAUUGCUGAAGGCAGAUUACUCGGGCGCCCUAUCAAUGCUUCUGCGCUACCCUUCGCCUCAGCCACAUGCGCCCCACCAAUUUGUGCAUGAUGCCCUUUACCUAGAACAGAACCCUACAGCGGAGCGAGGUAGUGCUAUCAUUACGAAGUACUCAGGCAAAGCCCCGGAAUCCUCCAACCGACACAGUCAAUUUGGACUACGACCACCUAGGAGAGCCUACCUUUGGGAGGAUUUCAAGAAUCGCAGCGAUAGCAGCUCUUCCGCCUCUUCCCCGGCUAGAAACAGCCCCAAGAGCCUCGAAUCCCUAUUUCAAGACGUUUCCCAAGGAAUCCAACGCCGCACCGAGUCAUGGGGCGUGGCCAAAGCGGUCCGGGGAGCUGUCACGGAGGCUAGGAAGAACAUGCAAACGAUGAAUUACGAGCCGGGAACACGGCUAACUGCUGCAAAUUACAAACAUCGGCCCUUGGCGAGUGUAUCAAACGCGCCUUCCAAGCCGUCACCCACAGAGCUUGGACUAGAGAUGAAGAUCGACCAGCUGGAAGAAAGAAACAAGGCGCUUUCUAAUGCACUAGGCGAGGCAUUAGGGGAGCUUCGAAUUCAACUUUCGAAAGAUCCCGACGCAAGACCCGAUGACUCCAUUGAGAAGGCAUUGGCCCGAGUUGAGUCGGUCCAACGCUGCCUUGAAGACCCCUCGCUUCCCGUAGUUUCCGCAUCUCCUGGGGCGAUCGUAGAUACCGAGUCGACUGAGCCACCGACAGAUUUGAAAGCAGCCAGCCCAGUCGAAGUGGCGCAGGACGAUCAAGAUCAGCAGGGCACAUCUUUCAACGCGGAUGCGCGCGGGCCGAGCGUCGAAAGUGGAACCUCCAAACCUGUCAGCGCUGCCACCAUUCGCACGACAAACACCGGGCAGGCCGACGGUGAGCAAGCAAAGAAGUCCAUUGUGCGGCCAUCCCUGUCCGAUGCAGGGUUCUCCUGGAUGGUUGAAGGCAGCCGGAAUGUCUCUAGCUUUGUCAGUUCUAUUUCGAUGCCCCCAGAGGAGACUCGGCAGCACGACAACCAUGCACGGAAUAAAGGCAAUCCGCUCUUCGGGAAUGGAGACGAAAAAACACAAGCAGACGCCGAGCCUGAUGAAUUAGCGCUACACAGUCUUCAAGGCACUCCAGGUCCGCUGUAA